UAGUUGCUUCGACCAUAUUACGUUGUAUCUUUGAACGCCGACGAAAAUGCCGGAUCCAGCGAAGUCCGCUCCUGCUCCAAAGAAGGGCUCCAAGAAAGCUGUCACGAAAGUGCAGAAGAAAGAUGGCAAGAAGCGCAAGCGCAGCCGCAAGGAGAGCUAUUCUGUCUACGUGUACAAGGUGCUGAAGCAAGUGCACCCAGACACCGGCAUCUCAUCUAAGGCUAUGGGAAUCAUGAAUUCCUUCGUGAAUGACAUCUUCGAGCGCAUCGCAGGAGAGGCUUCCCGUCUGGCGCAUUACAACAAGCGCUCGACCAUCACAUCCCGGGAGAUCCAGACGGCCGUGCGUCUGCUGCUGCCCGGGGAGUUGGCUAAACACGCUGUGUCGGAGGGCACCAAGGCCGUCACCAAGUACACCAGCUCCAAGUAAAGUGCAGCAGAGACGUGAUUGAUCGGUUUUACCCAAAAGGCUCUUUUCAGAGCCACUUUAGUUCUCAAAAAAAGGCUGUAUUCACUAAGGGUCUGUGAUCUAGCAGGUAAGGUUGAACUAUGAGUCUAUUGCCCUGCAGCGCUCUGGUAAGAUUGAGCGUUUCAAAGUGCUGGGCGGGUAGGGCGCGGUGGAGGCUUGUCGCAUCACCAAUGGGGUGAGAAGUCUGUUUAUGGCAGAAGGUAUCUUCCUACCUCACCAUUUCGUGUGAUUUCAAAGCAGGGACUAGUUUCUCACUGCCCUGGACAUCCAGGAUUAUGUUCUGCCUAGAUCAUAACCGGUCAGUUACUGCCAUCAAACACAAGUAUCCCAAGUAAUGCUGAGCAGGGUUAUCGGGAAACUCAACGUUCCACUUCCUGCUGAGUGAAGACGACUUGGCGGUAAAUCCUAUUUGCUGCGCCAUUUCGCUGCCUGACUGCAUCAGUGCUUUUAUUCAGCAUCGGUUUUGGUUGCAGUUUUUACAGCAAUGACUCGCUUUUUUUUUUUUUUUUCUUGAAUUUUUAACUUCUGAGCACUAAGAGAGAGUUGUAUGCAGCGGGAAUGAGACUCACCUUGCUUGGAGUCUUAACCCUUCAAGACAAUGCUCUUAACGUUUUCUCUUGAUUCUUUUCCAGCCAAUGAAAAUAGUGGAGCCCUUUCCAGGUUGGUUAGGGUUAGAUGAGAUAGCGGUACCAGCUGUAACAAGCAGCUGCCAGUGCAUCGUGGGGUAGGAAGCAAUGCAGCCACCUCUGCUCUUCCUGUACCCUUUUCCCAACAAGUGUGCGUACAGAUUUAGUUCUCUAAGCAUCUUGCAUUUUCCUCCUUAGUGCAUAAGACAUGUUUUCGGUGAGACGGCUAGACCUGUAGGGCGUCAUUCUGUAGAAACUUUAAGUGGGUUUUAACUUCAAGUGGGCUUGACGACCGGUGUCUUUAAUCCCAGCACUCUAGGAGGUAGAUUCUUAUUGAGAUAGGCCAGCAUGACUUAGUAAUAGCUUACAAUCAAAUGAUAGUGGCCCAGCACUACAGGAAGGCAGGCAAAUGGACAUCUGAGUUGAAGACAAGCCUGAUUUGCAGAGCCGGUUCCUGGACACCCAGGGCUAUGACCUAACCAAGACAACACAAAGAAUUUCUGUCUCCAAAACAGCUCACAUCCGUGCCCUUAGGGGAAAAGUACUCUUAAACACUCCUUCCCAGCUUCUAGUUGACAGCUCUGAAUUUUGAUGGUUUAACACAAAAGGGAGCCAAGCCAAAAAAAAGAAAAAAAAUUACCUAUAAUUCAUCUCUGCUAUUUCUGAUUGAUACUGUAUUCCAUCUGGCUUGACUUGUUUAUUUAGUCAAGACUCAUAAAUAAUAAGCAGAAAAGGGCAUGGUGAGUAAUGUGCUAAUACAUAUAAGGCUUGGAGUUAAAUCACCCAGGGGCACCUUGUCUUCUGCGGUGUCUACACUGAAACUCUGAAGGAUUUGCUUAUCAAUCCCUUUGUUGGGGAGUUGUUUCCUGAGUCAUUUUAAGUAUCUAAACAAUGACUCAUAUUUUCAUACUGAUUUCCAAGCACUAGGUGAUAGAAAUUGUACUUAAAUGACCGUUCCUUACCCCUACACCUCCCAAUGAAAAAUAAAACAAAAAUAUGUUAAUACAAUUUUAGGGCUGGCAAGAUGGCCCAGUAUAUAAAGGUAUUUGCCCAGUGACCUGAAUUUGGUCCUUGGAGCACACACAAAAGUGACCUGAGUUUGGUCCUUGGAGCAAACACAAUAAAUAAGCAAAUAGGAUUUUUAGGAUUAGGAGAGUUCAUCACAGUAAAAUUUGAUUUCCAAGAAAAAGAAUACCCCCCCCCCUUGACUAGCUUAUUUGUGAUUGGGGGAGGAAGUGUAAAAAAGAGGACCAUAACUGAGAAGUUCUGGCUCUGUUCUGAGGAGAAAAGCCAGAUUGCAUAGAUUAUAAACACAAACCAAAACAAAGAAAUUGUAACAAUUCUUCCUAGCAGGAAGAAGUGGUAUUUGGCUGAGUCUGGUAGCACAGGCCAUUAGUCCAAGCAUUCAGGGACAGAGGUAGGUAGAUCUCCAUGAGUUCAAGGCUAGCCUGGUCUACAUUUGGAGUUCUAAGUCAGAUCCCUACCUCACAAACAACCUAGAAGUUGUAUUUGCGAUUAUAAGCAUUGAUUGAGUACAUAGGAUUGAGUAGCCCCAUACAACUUGCAGCUAUCAAUAAAGCUACAUCAUAGACCAUCCCUGACACUAUAGAAAGAUAGUGUUGCUAUGGAAGGGUAAUUCCUAAAACCUGUGUGGUCCAGGGUGCCAUGCCGACACUACUGCAACAAGCCAGCUGCUGUGUGGCUUUCUCUGAGGUCUGACUGGGUAUGUUUCCUUUCCUUUUUUAAAAAGAGAUUUGUUUAUUU